UCCAGAAAAACAGCUGUGGAAACAGAUGUGAGCGCCCGGGGCGGGGAAGGAUAUUCAGGAAAGCUGGAGGAUUGGAGCUGGAAGUGGGGACAGAGUGGGAGGAGAGGGACUUUGAUGAAUCGCAAAGGGAGGAGCCUGCAGGGAGUGGAAGAAUAAAUGAAAAUAGGGCGGAGCCUUAAACGGAGACCGAGAAGCCGGGACCUGGCGGGCGAGGCUUUAGGAGGCGUGGUCUUUGUUUGGGCGGGGUCUUUGGCCUCCAAUUUAAGGUGGCUCUGCGUGGGCAGGGCCAUUGUGGGGCGGAGCUUGGCGUGGAAGUGUUAGCCUGGUAGCAUGGGGCAUCGUACUCUAGCCUCCACCCCGGCCCUAUGGGCCUCCAUUCCAUGUCCACUCUCUGAGCUGCGCCUGGACCUGGUUCUGGCUUCUGGACAGUCCUUCCGGUGGAGGGAGCAAAGCCCUGCACACUGGAGUGGUGUACUGGCGGACCAAGUUUGGACACUGACUCAAACUGAGGAGCAGCUCUACUGCACUGUGUACCGAGGGGACAAGGGCUGGGUUGGCAGGCCCACACUAGAGGAGCUGGAGGCUGUGCACGAGUACUUCCAGCUAGAUGUCAGCCUGGCUCAACUGUAUCGCCAUUGGGGUUCCGUGGACUCCCAUUUCAAAGAGGUGGCUCGGAAAUACCAAGGUGUGCGACUGUUGCGACAGGACCCCAUCGAAUGCCUUUUCUCUUUCAUCUGUUCCUCCAACAACAACAUCACCCGCAUCACUGGCAUGGUGGAGCGGCUGUGCCAGGCCUUUGGACCUCGGCUCAUACAGCUGGAUGAUGUUACCUACUAUGGCUUCCCCAGCCUGCAGGCCCUGGCUGGGCCAGAGGUGGAGGCUCAUCUCAGGAAGCUGGGCCUGGGCUACCGUGCCCGCUAUGUCAAUGCCAGUGCCCAAGCCAUCCUGGAAGAACAGGGUGGGCAGGCCUGGCUGCAGCAGCUUCGAGAGAUCCCCUAUGAGGAGGCCCACAAGGCCCUCUGUUCCCUGCCGGGGGUAGGCACCAAGGUGGCUGACUGCGUCUGCCUAAUGGCCCUGGACAAGCCUCAGGCUGUGCCCGUGGACGUCCAUGUGUGGCAGAUUGCCCAACGUGACUAUAGCUGGCACUCUACAACAUCCCAGGCGAAGGGUCCGAGCCCCCAGACCAACAAGGAACUGGGAAACUUUUUCCGGAGCCUGUGGGGACCUUAUGCUGGCUGGGCCCAAGCGGUGCUGUUUAGUGCUGACCUGCGCCAACCCCACUGUGCUCGGGAGCCACCAGCAAAGCGCAGAAAGUGGUCCAAAGGGCCUGAAGGCUAGGUGGGAGCGCACUGGGCAAAGGAAUUCCUGAAAAGACCUUUCCCCUCCAUUUCCCUUUGCUCUCUCCCCAUCCCCACCUAGUCUCAUGUUGGGGAAAGGGAUCCUUGCAGCUACCUCAGGUACCAGGCACCCCCAAAUCAAGCAGUCAGUUUGCACAACAAGGUGGGGUAAAAAAUACUAUUUGGAGAGACAGCGCUCUAUGGUUUUAUCUUAUUCCCUUUAUUAUAAGAAGGAGCAAUAAAAUAGAAACAUUUGUAUGGAAAA